ACUUCGUGAAUUAUUUUGAAACGUGUCUUCAUUUCUUCUGCUAUAUUUCCAUAUUUUCGUUGUUUUAUUCGCUAUCUCCGCUUUUCUUUUCAAAAGAGAACAUCUUUUGAACGUUCGGAAGCGAUUCUUCACGAAACUGGUCAUUUUUGCGUUCUCAAAAUUGCGCUUGUUCAUUCGGACCACGGCGACACGAUGCAACCGGUAAAGACAGCCGAAAGCAAUCACUAUUUUGGCAAGGAGGUUGGAAAUGUUCAAAAUAACGCACCACAACGUGUCGUGAAAGCAAAACCAGAGGGUCAAGAUGUCGCCGUUGCUCCACCAAAUGAUAAGGAAAAUUGCCAAGGAAAAAAGGAGCAGAAAGUUUGGAAACUUACUGAUUUUGACAUUGGAAAACCGCUUGGGAAAGGUAAAUUUGGUAAUGUCUACCUUGCCAGAGAAAAAGUAAGCAGAUAUAUUGUAGCUUUGAAGGUGCUGUUUAAAUCUCAGUUACAAAAAUCACAAGUGGAACAUCAACUCAGGCGAGAAAUCGAAAUUCAAUCACAUUUAAGGCAUCCAAAUAUUCUGAGACUUUAUGGGUAUUUCUAUGACAGCUCUCGAGUCUAUCUAAUUCUCGAGUAUGCUCCACUUGGGGAAUUGUACAAAGAAUUGACAAAAAAUAAAUAUUUUGAUGAAAAAAGAUCUGCCAAAUACAUAGCACAACUUGCAGAUGCACUAAAAUACUGUCAUGAAAAGAAAGUCAUUCACCGUGAUAUCAAACCUGAAAAUAUCUUACUAGGACUGAAGGGAGAUCUGAAAAUUGCUGACUUUGGUUGGUCUGUCCACGCACCUUCGUCAAGACGGACAACCCUUUGUGGAACACUGGACUAUCUUCCUCCAGAAAUGAUUGAAGGAAACGAACAUGAUGAAAAGGUUGAUUUAUGGAGUCUGGGUGUGCUCUGUUACGAAUUCCUUGUUGGCAAACCGCCAUUUGAGGCAGAAGGCCACACAGAAACAUACAAACGUAUCUCGCGGGUGGAUUUGCGAUUUCCUUCCUAUGUCUCCCCCCUUGCCCGAGACCUUGUAUCAAAACUACUUCAGAGAAAUCCCAAACACCGGUUGUCCCUGCCUGCCGUGUUGGAGCAUCCCUGGAUCAAGGCACAUGUUCACUCCACCAAGACAAAACCUCAAGAAACUACGAAAAGUGAAAAACCAACGUAGCACUAGAACUGAGAGGUUUUAUGAUAAUUGUAUGUAGAUGUGCAUUUUCACAAAUCAUCUUCCGAGAAAGAAGGAUGAUUUAAUUAGAACAGAAAUGCUUGAAACUUAAAUUAGAAUGCUUGAAUAUUGUCACAUUCUCAACUCAUCCUUACCAAUAAUGGUUUAAAAUUGAAAUUUUGUUGCAAGUUUCAAACACCGCAAUAUUAUAGCUAUUUCUCUACGCUAUCAUGCGCAAUAAUUCCAAAGAGAUCCCGUUGACUGAAGAGCUACUAUAAAGUUGAUGGCAAUGUAUAUAUCAUAUGUGUAAAUUAAACUACGACUAUUUAGCAAUAAAAAAU